GAUAAAAUCGUCAAAAGAAAUUGGAAGAAUCUCUCUCGCCGUUUACAUCUCUGCGAGAAAUCGGAUCGGCGAAGGUGCUCCCCAAAAUCGAUCUAUCAAUCAAUCAUCGCUGCACCUCCUCCUAUUCUGCAGUCUUCCGCAACUUUCUUCUGCAAUCUUGCCCAUAAAUUGACCGACAGAUCUAGGAAGGAAAAUGAGCAGCGGACCAGGAUUGUUUCUCGACAUUGGCAAGAAAGCCAAAGAUCUGCUGACCAGGGACUACCUGUCGGAUCACAAGUUCUCGGUCUCCACCUACAGCGAGUCUGGAGUGGCCCUUACAACAUCGACAGUGAGAAAAGGAGGCUACACAUCUGGAGAUGUGGUUGCGCUCUACAAAUACAAGAACACUGCCACCGAACUGAAAGUUGAUACCGAAUCAAACAUCUUGGCAACUGUGACUAUUGCGAAUAUCAUCCCCUCGUCGAAAACUGUUGCCACCAUAAAACAUCCUUUAUACCAAUCUAGCAAGUUGGAAUUUCAAUACUUCCACCCCCACGCAUCCCUCACUGCAGCCGUCGGCCUGAACCAAACUCCCGCAAUCGAUUUUUCUGUCACCCUCGGCACUCCCACCUUUGCUUUAGGCGCAGAGGCGGGUUACGAAACCACUUCUUCCAAGUUAACAAAAUACACUGCAGGCAUCUCCGUGACGAAACCAGAUUCGUGCGCUUCUGUAAUUUUGGGAGACAAAGGCGACACCAUAAAGGCGUCGUACGUGCACUAUUUAGAUCAAUCCAAGAGAAGUGCUGCUGUGGGAGAGAUUUCCAGAAGAUUCUCGACGAACGAGAACACAUUCACAGUCGGAGGGUCUUGCGCCAUCGACAACCUGACUCAGGUGAAACUGAAGCUGAACAAUCAUGGCUCUCUUGCCACUGUUCUCCAGCACGAAGUCAUCCCCAAAUCGCUUGUGACCAUAUCCAGCGAGUUCGACACCAAGGCCUUGGAUAAGACCCCGAGGUUCGGUGUAGCGCUUGCUCUGAAGCCAUGAGUAUGUUUGCAGCAGGUUCGAUUUUUAUUUUUUUCCCUCUCCUCUUUAUUUUUAUUCUUGAGUUUGCUUUGGAAGGAAAGCCAAUAAUCAUGGAAACUGAUCUCGAUCUUCUACACAUUUUUGCAUUGAUUUGUAAGGAUGGGGAAAACAUGUUAUUGCCCUCGUCCUGUUGGUGAUUUUUCUUUCUCUAUGUGUUCUUUAAGAGUUUUUUUAUUUUCAUGGAAACUUAUAAUUAUUAUUAUUAUUAUCAUAAUUUUUGUAAGGUUACACUUCACAAAUAUUGCUUGGAGGGCAUUUAUGUUCAUUGCCUACA